AUGACCGACCAGUUUGCCUACUCCUACCCCUCUCCCCUGGCGGGAUAUGAGAAUUUGGAGCCUCUCUCCGAAGAACGUAAUGAAGAUGGCAAAUCUCUCGUUAACCGGCAACAUGGAAUCUUAAGCAAAGCCUAUGAGGAGUUCCCCGAUCCGUUGUGCAAAGGACUUCGCGGGGGAUUCGACAUUCAUAUUUAUCACUACCAGACCAAUCCUGAACAGGCCAAGUUUGCGCGAGAACUCUGGGAGCGUAUCCGGCGUGAGUUCCCUGAACUCCGUAUCUACACCUUUUUCGAUCGACCCAUCGGUCCGCACCCCGUCGCCAUGUUCGAAGUGAACUUGUUUACACCUGCGCAAUUUGGUGCAUUUGUUCCCUGGCUUGUAAUUAAUCGCGGACCGUUGAGUGCGUUGAUCCAUCCGAAUACAGUGGAUGAAGAGGAAGAGCGGAAUCAUACCCAACGGGCCACAUGGUUGGGGGAGCGAAUUCCACUAGACCUUCGGCUGUUUAAGUUGAUGAAGGAGAAACAGAAGAAGGCGGCGGGGGAAGUCCCGAGAGAGGAGGCUUAUUGA